GAGAGAGACGCCGGGGAGGCGCGCGGGAGCGAACGCCAGCCCGGGAGCCGGAGCCCCGCAGCACUGCGGCCGCGCCCUUGCCCGGGACUGUGCGGCCGCCCAGGCCCGCUCCGCCCGCCGCCGCCAGGGCUCCGAAGGAUGGAGGACUCCCGGGAGACGUCGCCGUCCUCCAACAACUCCUCGGAAGAGCUCAGCUCUGCGCUGCAGCUGUCCAAGGGCAUGUCGAUCUUCCUCGACAUACUGAGGAGAGCAGAUAAAAAUGAUGAUGGAAAAUUGUCCUUUGAAGAAUUCAAAGCAUAUUUUGCAGAUGGUGUUCUGAGUGGAGAAGAAUUACAUGAGCUCUUCCAUACCAUUGAUACACAUAAUACCAACAAUCUUGACACAGAAGAACUAUGUGAAUAUUUUUCCCAGCACUUGGGUGAAUAUGAGAAUGUACUAGCAGCACUUGAAGACCUAAAUCUUUCCAUCCUGAAGGCAAUGGGCAAAACAAAAAAAGACUACCAAGAGGCCUCUAAUUUGGAACAAUUUGUAACUCGAUUUUUAUUGAAGGAGACCUUGAAUCAGCUGCAGUCUCUCCAGAAUUCUCUGGAAUGUGCCAUGGAAACUACUGAGGAACAAACCCGUCAAGAAAGGCAAGGGCCGACCAAGCCGGAAGUCCUGUUGAUUCAGUGGCCUGGAAAGCGAUCAAGUCGCCGAGUCCAGAGACACAACAGCUUCUCCCCUAAAAGCCCUCAGUUUAGUGCCUGCGGUCCAGGCUUGUUAGAAGAAGAUAACCAGUGGAUGACCCAGAUCAAUAGACUCCAGAAAUUAAUUGAUCGACUGGAAAAGAAGGAUCUCAAACUUGAACCACGGGAAGAAGAAGUUAUUGAAGGGAAUACUAAAUCUCACAUCAUGCUUGUCCAGCGUCAGAUGUCUGUGAUAGAAGAGGACUUGGAAGAAUUCCAGCUUGCGCUGAAACACUAUGUGGAGAGCGCAUCCUCCCAGAGUGGAUGUUUGCGUAUUUCCAUACAGAAGCUUUCCAAUGAAUCUCGGUACAUUAUUUAUGAGUUUUGGGAGAACAGCAGUGUGUGGAAUAGCCACCUUCAGACGAAUUAUAGCAAGACAUUCCAAAGAAGCAACGUGGACUUCUUGGAAACUCCAGAACUCACAUCUACUAUGCUAGUUCCUGCUUCAUGGUGGAUCCUGAACAACUAGAUGUUCCUAGACAUUUUAUGGUUCCAAGUGCAAAACAAGUAUUCUUAUUGAAAAUGUGAAUUAGAAAAUUCUCUGCAGUUACUAAUCUACUCUGUACUUUUGUUUAAUAUAUUUAAGAUGUGCACUCUUCUAAAAUGUCUUCUCUUUUAUGUGAAGUUUACCUAAAUUUUUGAAGUUCACUAUUCUGUCUUUGCUGUUUUGCUACAUUGUAACCUAAACCCUUCAGUGGCAGAAUCUUAAUAUGUGAAAAAAGUGUACACAUAAAGGAAAAAAAGUGUGAAAAAGAAAUGAUAAAAAAUAAUUGAAGUGGGAACUUUUAGAGUAUCACUUCAUAGGAUAGCUUUUGUAGAUUUGUCAUAAACUAUCAAGGUUAAAUCAGUGUUUUGUCAUUUUUAAGUAACUGAUUUUCUGUGAAGUUUAUUCUUUGGUAGUGCUCACUCCAUUACCAAUUCAUGAUCUUGUAAGUAUUCACUUUACUGAAAAAGCUAAUAUGUGACCCAAAAUGGUGUCCUUACGUGCAGAGAGAGCGAAAGAAGGUACACAAAGAAAAGGCCACGUGAGGACACAGUAAGAAGAUACCAACAGCAAGCCAGAAGAGGCCUCAGAAGAAUUCAGCCUUGCUAGCACCUUGAUCUUGGACUUCCAGGCUCUAGAACUGUGAGAAAAUACCUUUCUAUUGUUUAAGC